AUGAAGCUAGCAGCUGCCUGCGCCUCGAUGGAGGUGAAAGCAAAGCCGGCGAGGGGCGGGAAGAGGACCAGGGCAAGCAGCGGCACGGCUGGUGUGCCGACGGCAAAGGUACUGAUGGAGAAGAAGGAGUCGGAGAAGGAGAGGCGGCAGCACAUGAAGAGGCUCUGCGAGAAGCUCUCGUCCCUCAUCCCCAAAGAAGACAACCCCCACGCUGAUACAAUGACCCAACUAGGCAGCCUGGAUGUGGCCGCAUCAUACAUCAAGAAGCUCAAGGAGAGGGUCGAUGAGCUACAACGUAAGAAGACCUCUGCACAAGCCAUGGCUACCUUACGGAGAGUUAGUGACAUCUCAAUGCCCACUACCACCAUUACCACAAGCAGUGGUGCGGGGUCACUGGAAGGAGAUAAAUAUUUGGACGCAUCACCAACAGUAGUGGAGGUGCGACAACCCGACGAUUCAAGCAUGGAGGUGAGGCUUAUAUGCAGCACCGAGAAACCGAUCAAGCUCCAUGAGGUGAUCACCAUCCAUGAAGAAGAAGGGGCCGACAUCGUCAACGCCAAUCACUCCGUUGCUGGCCACAAAAUAUUUUACACUAUACACUCUCGGGCCUUCAGCAUCAGAAUUGGCAUAGAUGUUUCAAGAAUUACCGAACGACUGAGGGCAUUGGUAUGA